AACCAAUUUACUCAAAAUAAAGAGACAGAAAACAAAGCAAAUAUGAAAAUUGAAAGUUGAAAACCAACCCUUUUGUAUUUUAUUUCUUUGUUGCUCUUCCUAUCAUUCCAUUAUACUGUACAUUUUCCUUUACCACACUCUCUCUCUUCUUUCAAUCCAAAGUGCACAAAAAUAGUUUCCAAUGCUUUGAGAAGAAAAAGGUUGGUUAGGUUUGUUUUGUAGAGUAAUGAUAGAGUGAGUGAGUGAGUCAAGUCACAGCACAUGGAAGAAGCAGAGAAGGAGUUAGAGAGAAGGAGCAAGUUUCUGAACAGUUUGAUACAGAACAAGAAGAAAGCAACACAACAACAACAUCAACAUCAACACCAACAAAAACAACAAGAUCAAGAACAAGAAGAAGAACAAGAGAAAGAACAUGAUAAAAACAGUAGUAUGAUAUUCAGCAACAUUCAUGUCAGAGCUUGUGACAUGUCUCUUACUUUGCAGAAACACGCCUUUCAAUGUGCACGUGACCAUCUUGAUUCAAAGCCUUCCAAGAAGAUUGACAGUAAACAUUUGGCAUUGGCCCUUAAGAAGGAAUUUGAUUCUUCCUAUGGACCAGCUUGGCACUGCAUUGUAGGAACUAGUUUUGGUUCCUAUGUUACACAUUCUGUUGGUGGUUUUUUGUACUUCUCCAUUGAUAAGGUUCAUGUUCUUCUCUUCAAGACAGCUGUUGCACCAUUGGAACAUUCACAACAACCACAACUAUAAGUUAUGCAUCCGGCCGAUAUGUAAAAUUAUAAACUUAUACAUUUACAGACAUUUUACCUGAUAUUUUGUGAUGUAUUUGAUGCACUUAUAUUUGAAGUUUUUCGCAAUUGGUUGAUCACUUUCAAUGCAAAAUUUAUCGUGACAAGUUGUCACAAGAUUUUCGUUCA